CUCAUAAUCGUGGUUUCUUGUUUUCAAGUUGAAAAGUUUGAUCAAGUUCAAAUAAUUGAAAAUUUCAUCUUUUGUUUGAUUUGGGACAGACAUUCUCUUAUAUAAAUUCAUUCAACUGUUAUUCCAGCAGUACCACUAGUGCCCAAUCAACUCCGACUCAAACUGCACGGAGUCCGGUCGUUUCUGGAUUUGCGUUCGGCCGCGCGGUUUUUUAAAAGAAACUUAGUUCUUUAGAUCAUCCAUACAUGGGAGCCAAACAGUCAAGCAGCAGCAGUAGGUAUUCGAAUUCAUCUUCUUUCAACCGGGGAUAUAUGUCAACGCCAGCACGCACCUCUACAUCAUCCUCCUACAUGCCUUCCCCGGCACAUAACGGGUCAGGUGACAUUCGCAGUGGAGCAUGGUCAUCGAAAUACAACAGGAUUGAUGAUGAUUAUCGUUCCUUAGAUCAGGUGACAACAGCUCUUGCCAGAGCCGGUCUUGAAUCGUCGAAUCUUAUUGUGGGAAUUGAUUUCACAAAGAGCAAUGAGUGGACGGGUGCUAGAUCGUUCAACCAUAAGUCGCUCCAUCACAUUGGAGAUUAUCCCAACCCAUAUGAGCAAGCAAUAUCCAUUAUUGGAAGGACCCUUUCUAGUUUCGACGAGGAUAAUCUCAUUCCGUGUUUCGGUUUCGGCGAUGCAUCUACACAUGAUAAAGACGUAUUCAGCUUCUAUCCAGACCAUCGGCCCUGUAAUGGAUUUGAGGAAGCACUGGCACGUUAUAAAGAACUAGCUCCUCAACUUCGCCUGGCAGGGCCAACAUCUUUUGCACCUAUAAUAGAAAUGGCUAUUGGAACCGUGGAAAGGAGUCGGGGUCAAUAUCAUGUUCUUCUCAUUAUUGCAGACGGCCAGGUGACACGAAGCGUUGAUACGGACGCUGGGCACCUAAGUCCGCAAGAACAGGACACAGUUAAUGCCAUAGUUAGAGCAAGUGAUUACCCAUUAUCAAUUGUUUUGGUCGGUGUUGGUGACGGGCCGUGGGAUAUGAUGCGUGAGUUUGAUGACAAUAUCCCUGCUCGAGCUUUUGAUAAUUUUCAGUUUGUGGAUUUUACUGAAAUUAUGUCGCGGAAUAUCCCGAACAGCAAAAGGGAGACGGAUUUUGCUCUUGCAGCACUUAUGGAAAUACCUUCACAGUACAAAGCAACACUAGAGCUUCAACUAUUGGGUCGUAGUAGAGGAACUAGUUGGAGGAAUGCACUACCUACUCCUGCAAGGGCUACCCAACACUCCAACAGCUUUAAUUUCCGUCAGGCUGCCUCUCCCUCUGCUCCUCCGCCGCAACCUGUACACAACAACCAGGGUUGUCCUAUCUGUCUUGGACAGACGAAAAAUCUUGCAUUUGGAUGCGGACAUCAGACAUGCGAGUCUUGUGGUAGUGAUUUAUCAUUGUGUCCGAUCUGUCGAAGGCAAAUAACUCAGAGAAUAAAGCUAUACUAAAACAAGUAUCUUACACUAGUAGUUGUUUUGCUUCAUUUUUAAUAGAAUGUGUUCGUCUCAGAAUUUGUAUAGACAUAUGCCAUAUGGUAGGUGGCAGUGCCAGGAUUGAAGUAAAAGGAGAAAAGGAAAAAAAAAAGGUAAGAAAAGUCGGUAUGUGAAAUUUGCAGAAAUAGGUUUUAGAAGCCACUGGGCAUGGAAAAUCCCGCCGCGCAUAUGGUUGGGUUGUUUGAUUUCAUAGCUUUGUUUUAGGAUUCAUGUCUCUACAUCUAUCUGUAAAUGGAAAUGCAACAUCUGAAUGAGAUUAUACUUC